GUUAAAAGGGGAGGCUUGGACUAGGGACCAGGAGCAGAAGACCUGGUAGCCCACACAGGACUAGGCAGCGAUCCAGCUACCCAGAGCUCUCCCUGAGACGCUGUCCAUGACCCCGUGCUUCCAAGCAUGAGGAAUAGAAGCUCCAUUCACAGCGCCCUGUGGCUCUUGGUGCUUGCUACCUGCAGGGCUGCACCUGAAACCUCAGUUUCCCCCAUCCCGGAAGCGUCGGAGGCCCCGCAGGCGUUGGAGGCCCAGGAAGCCAGGAUUACCCAGUGCGCCCGCGGCUCUCAGCCUUGGCACGUCUCACUCUUUAAAGACCUCUCAUUUCGCUGCGCUGGGGUCCUAGUGGACCGCAACUGGGUGUUAACCGCAGCCCACUGCGCCGAAAGUUGGCUUUGGGCCAAACUUGGUGACUACCAUCUGCUACUACCUGAUGGAGGCGAACAACUCAAGAUCAGCUCUGUAAUGAUCCCUCACCCCAAGUACAAGGCGGGUUCUGGCCCUUCCCUGCCUGCCCGAACCGAUGAGCAUGACCUCCUUCUGAUGAAGCUUCGCCGGCCAGCUGUCCUGGGCCCCCGGGUCCAGGUCUUACCUCUGGCCAGGACCUGUGCAGUACCAGGGACUAGAUGCCAGGCUGCAGGCUGGGGGACUACCAGCCAACCCCGAGUGAAAUAUAGUAAGAGCUUGUCCUGCUCAGAGGUCACUGUCCUGUCUCCCAAAGAGUGUGCAGCUUCCUACCCUGGGGUGCUUACAAACAACAUGAUAUGUGCUGGCUUGGACAAUGGCCAGGAUGCCUGUCAGAGUGAUUCUGGAGGCCCCCUGGUCUGUAAUGGGGCCCUCCAGGGCAUCCUAUCCUGGGGUGAUUACCCCUGUGGCUCAGCCCACCGGCCAGCAGUCUAUACUUGGAUCUGUAAAUACAACUCCUGGAUUGAGAAGACCAUUCGGACCCACUGAUACCACUGAACCCCCUGCAAUCUUCCCAAUAAUCUUGUGACCCUCAUGUCUUCUGCUCUUCCCACCCAGACCCUAAGUGUUUGGCCCACUGUGGGACCUUACUCCUGCCUGCUUGAGGAUGCAGGCAUUCCUCAGCUCUCCAGGCUCACAGAUUCCAUCCCCUCAAAGAAGUAGGCAUCUGGGCCCCCAGCUGUGACCCUCUUCCCUGGGACCCAAGGGUCUAGUCUCCUAGAUCCCAUGCCCUUGAAGGACUGGGGCAUCUGAGCUGUCUCACUUCACUUCAGUGAAAUGGUCAGAAAUACUAGUCUGUUUAAGAGAACUGUUCUGAGCAUCUAUCUACCCAGGACUUCAGAGGCAGCUCCACCUCUCUUUUUGGAGCUUUGGGCAGGCCCCUUACCAACAAAAGCUCUCUUUCUCCUCCCAUUUCCUGUUUCCUGGUCCUGCUCAAUCCAUCAUCCCACCUGUCAGGGCAGAGCUCUGAAUCACUUGGAGUCCUAAAUUUUCCCUCCCUUCUUUAAUCUCUGCAUACCCCUCACCUCCCUCACUCUCAGGGUCAGUUGGAACAUUGCCUCUGGGCCCUUGGAGACAAUUUUGAAAUGAACAUCUUCAAAGACAUUUUUGGAAUUCUUAGAAAUUAGGGGGAGAGACCCAGCACAGUUAAAUGUUCCCACAAAUUCCUCAUAUUUUGGAGCAUCAGUCUUCUAAUACAUUCUUGAGAUACUCUAGUGAGAAUACCUACGGCUCCAAAAUGAGUUGUUUUUUACCUCAUUAAAGAUGUGAUGCGUAAAAUCUGGAAUAACUGCUGAAACAAA